ACUAUGACAACACCACUUUUGAUGUCUACUAUGUCGGGCCGAACAUCAAUGACACCUUCUUGGGCCACACAUCAACUCCACGCUUCUUUCAGCGAAGGGAGAGUUUAAUGAAUGUCACAUUCUACCUUUAUGUUGGUUCACUGGAAGUGGAUGAUUUCAGAGAGCCCGUAGCCAAGCAGCUCGAACAAUCCAGCUCACUCGAUUUUCACGUCAAAGGAAAGGUGGUUGCGCGCGUGCAGUAUCUGGGCAUCACUUCUCCACGUUUCACGGUUUACGUGGACUGCAGUUUCAACGUGGAUCCUAUCCACGAGAAGGUUAGCCACGAGUCGUGCGGAAUCAAGAAGAUCAGAACCGGGAGCGGAUGACAUGCAUACGCUCAUUGCCCGCUGUGGAAGGGAAUUGAUUUCAGGGUAUCGUGAAGAGUAAGAUGGGUGAGAAGAUGCUCUCCUCCCCCUCCCCCUCUCCCCCCGUGAGUCGCGGCCGCAAGCAAGUUUUAUUCUUUCAUUAUUGAUGAUCUGCCGACUAUCAAUGGUUGUGGACAAGCAUUGGAGAGCGGAGCAGAGAAGAUGGUAUAUUGCAGACUGUAUUCAGCCAAACAGUUUAGCUACAUGCAUGCUGUAUUGUUCGCGGACAAGUCCACAUUCGUCUCCAGUCAGCUGUACCUGUGGCUGUGCCUACACCUGUAUACAAGCAAGCACAUCUGAAAUGUGUGUCCCUGCCCCCCCUGCCUACCCCUUCCUGCCCCAGUCUUCGCCUCCCUGUUACGUAUGGGCACUGCUGGUGGUGCAGAGCAAAGACACCGAAUCCGUGCGUUGGAGAAACUGUCAGUGUACAUAUCGCUGUACCUAUAAUUGCUCUAUCCGUAAGUCUCAAGCGGCACAUAUACAAUAAUAAAUUAAUAAUAUUAUAAUAAUUAAUAAUUAUAUAUAUAUUGAAAUUACUUGAAUCUUGACCUGCAACUGCUGGCAUCUACCUGUUACAUACAUACAGGUACAGAUCUUGAACCUCUGACCGGGACCUGACGAUGAACCUGGACCUGGCGAUGAACCUGCACAUCGUUCCGGGACCAUGUAGUUAGAGAUACCUCCACAGAUAUGGUGGCUAUGAGCCACCGUAAUGUUGGGGACCACAAGAAUUCAGCUCCAGCUGUAGGCUGUAGCUAUCCCAUUCAGCUACAGCAGUAGGUAUUGUGAUGCUUCUUGGGCUUUCCGUUUGCCGACUACUGCAGCUGGAAUUGAGAUGGAUGUUGGGCAUGGAUGAUAGGGUUCCGCUGGCACCGAUACGCGUCUACACAGCCGUAGGCCCGUAGCUAUCAUAUUUUCAACUACACCUGCAGGUAUAGCGAUUAGCCACGCCUACGACCGCAGCUGUUAUUGAGAUGGCUGCUGGCCAUGGAAGAUCGGGUUCCCCCGGCACCGAUUCAGGAGAAUGAGAGAGAGAGAGUUCCAUUUGGGACGUUCUGGGCGCACACGAAUGAGAUGGUCGCUGAUUUGCUGACUGGAGCCUUCCAUGCGCUCUGAGACUACACAGGGACCUUGUCUUCACCCAGAGGCCUGCACAUUUUCCUUCUGACGCUGGGAGUGCUAUUGCCUUGGGCCUGCAUUCCGAGUUUUCGAGCUUGGCAGUUGACGCUUCGGCAUUUGCGUAAAAAAUACGACUGAAAUGAGGGAUGCAAGCUUUCCUGUUGCUCAUGAUUCGACACGCAUUGGAUACUGGAGUCUGCAGCAUGAGCACUUGUUGGGGUUCAUAAGGGGUGAUGAGUCUGAUGACAUGGUGUACUUCUUCGCGGUUCUCUGGGAUGACGUUUGGCAGUAAUCCUUUAAACCACCAGUACUUCCUUCCUGAAGUCGUUCCCGUUAACGCGCCACGAUUUUAGGAAACGUACGGGCCACUACAGGAGCGCCCAAAUUCAUCCGACUAGAAGCGUUUGUUUCUACUCUAUGUUUUUCCACGGCCGAUAGCUGGGCCAAGUAUUGGUGUGGUGGUUCCGACAGAGAUUGGCAGAAGGCUGAUGAUGGUCGUACGGUGUGCGACACGAUGAAAAGUUGUGUUCUCUGCGAUAGUGAAGCCUAGUACAUCUGUUGGCGAUCGAUGCGCGCAAUCUUGAGCCUUUUUCUUUUCUUUUAUUUUCUGGGAUGACGUUCGGGAGCAAUUAGAAUAUGCGGGCAGGGUGUGGAGGUCGAACAGCGAUCAUCGUCAAAGAAGGAGGAAGAGGUGGAGAAAAAGGAGGAGGAGAAGGAGAAGGAGGAGGAGGAGGAGGAGGAGGAGGAGGAGGAUAGCAUCUUCACAGCUGUAGAUGUCUGCUGGAAAGAAGAGACUACUUUUCAAGCUGUUUACAUGUGCUCUCUGAGGGGAAGACGUCAAAUUUUGUUCCUUCUUUUUUUCUGUCUUCCCUUAUGCCCUGUUGCUUCUGAGACCCGUCUCCUUCAAAACCGUUCUUUUUUUCCCCCGUCUUCAGAACCUCUCUGUUAGGCACAUCCUUCAUUUCGGAAUUGAGUAGCAUCGAGCAGAAAAUGUA